UUCGUAUGCGUUUCACACGCAUGAGAGUGGAGAGAAUGCGCGCAUUGCGGCUACGUCUUAAGGCCGUAUCUAUUAGUGCGAAGGGACUUGAUGCACUUGAGAAAAACGAUCUUUACCGGCCUUCAACUUCCUCUUCCCGUAACUGGAUAUAAUGGCGUCUGGAACACUUUACACGUACCCGGAAAACUUCAGAGCUUACAAGGUGCUCAUUGCAGCUCAGUAUUCCGGUGCCCAGAUCAAGAUCGCCGAUGAUUUCGUUUUCGGCGAGACGAAUAAAACCGAAGCAUUCUUGAAGAAGUUCCCACUAGGCAAGGUUCCAGCGUUUGAAACAUGCGACGGAAAGUGUAUCACAGAAAGCAAUGCAAUUGCUUAUUAUGUGGCCAAUGACCAGUUGAGAGGCAAAACUGAUCUUGAACGUGCAGAAAUCAUCCAGUGGUUCGGCUUUGCUGAUUCUGAGAUUCUCCCAGCUAGUUGCGCCUGGGUAUUUCCAUUGCUUGGAAUAAUGCCUUACAAUAAACAGAACGUAGAACACGCUAAGGAUGAUGUAAAGAAAGCGCUAACUGCCCUUAAUUUUCAUUUACUUACACGUACUUAUCUAGUUGGAGAACGAUUGACAUUAGCAGAUAUUAGUGUAGCUAUGACAUUACUUCAUUUAUAUCAAUAUAUCCUCGAACCAAAUUUACGUAAACCAUACCAGAAUGUAAAUCGAUGGUUCCAAACUGUCAUUUAUCAGCCUGAGUCAAUGGCUGUAAUUGGUGCCUUUAAAUUGGCUGAGAAAACUCUUGAAUAUGAUCCAAAGAAAUUUGCAGAAACUCAAGGAAAGUCUUCAAAGAAAGAGAAAAAGGAGAAGGAAUCCAAGAAAGAAUCAAAGGAACCAAAAGAAUCUAAGAAGGAGGCUGUCGAAGAUCUAGAUCCAACGGAUGCUAUUUUGGCCGCCGAACCUAAAAAUACAAAUCCUUUUGAUACAUUACCUAAAGGCACUUUCGAUCUUGAUGAUUUUAAGAGAUUUUAUUCUAACGAAGACGAGUCGAAGUCUAUACCUUACUUCUGGCAAAAGUUCGAUCCGGACCAUUACAGUAUUUGGCUUGGCGAAUACAAAUAUAACAAUGAACUAACGAAGGUUUUCAUGUCUUGCAAUCUCAUAAGUGGAAUGUAUCAACGAUUAGAUAAAAUGCGAAAAGCCGCAUUUGCCAGCGCCUGUCUCUUUGGUACGGAUAACGACAGUAGCAUCAGUGGUAUUUGGGUUUGGCGCGGUCACGAGCUUGCUUUCACGUUGAGUCCAGACUGGCAGGUAGAUUAUGAAUCAUACAGUUGGACUAAAUUAGACCCAACUAAUGAAGAAACAAAACAGUUGGUUCAACAAUACUUCAGCUGGACCGGUACCGAUAAGGAGGGACGUAAAUUUAAUCAGGGAAAAAUUUUCAAGUAAAAAUUUGCCAUAUGCUUAUUAUUAAACAGAACACUUUGUUCGCAUGAAAUAAACGUAAAAAAAACUGA